AGAAAAGAAGAAGAGAAAGAGACCUUCCACCCAACACCGACUAUUCUCCUUCCUUCCUUCCUUCCUGGCAUUGCGAAUCAACUGGUGAUGGUGAAGAUGGAGGGGAAGGGCAUUGUGGCAAUUGUGGGGUUGGUUUUGCUUGUGGUGGCGAGUGUGGUGGAAUGUGAUGCGGACACGGUGACGAAGGUGAAGACGGUGAGGGGAAAGAAGAUGUGCGACAAGGGUUGGGAGUGCAAGGGGUGGUCCAUAUACUGUUGCAACGAUACCAUCACCGACUUCUUCCAGACGUACCAGUUCGAGAACCUCUUCUCCAAGAGGAACUCGCCCGUGGCACAGGCCGCCGGCUUCUGGGACUACCAGUCCUUCAUCACCGCCGCCGCCCUCUACGAGCCCCUCGGCUUCGGGACGACCGGAGGCAAGCACAUGCAGAUGAUGGAGAUCGCCGCGUUCCUCGGCCAUGUCGGCGCCAAGACCUCUUGUGGUUAUGGAGUGGCGACAGGAGGACCCUUGGCCUGGGGUCUUUGCUACAACAGGGAAAUGAGUCCCAGCCAGACGUACUGCGACGACACCUACAAAUACACCUACCCUUGUACUCCUGGAGCUGAAUACUAUGGCCGCGGUGCCUUGCCGAUCUACUGGAACUACAACUACGGUGCAACAGGAGAGGCUUUGAAAGUAGAUCUGUUGAACCAUCCAGAAUACAUUGAGCAGAAUGCUACCCUUGCUUUCCAGGCUGCAAUUUGGAGGUGGGUUACCCCAAUCAAGAAGUCACAGCCUUCAGCCCAUGAUGCCUUUGUUGGCAACUGGAAGCCUACUAAGAAUGACACUUUGUCUAAGCGUGUUCCUGGUUUUGGUACCACAAUGAACAUUCUCUACGGCGAUUUCCUUUGUGGCAAGGGUGAUGAUGAUUCUAUGAACACAAUCAUUUCCCAUUACCUAUAUUACCUUGACCUCAUGGGACUCAGCCGAGAGCAGGCAGGUCCCAGUGAGGCGGUCUCUUGUGCCGAGCAGGCUGCAUUUAACCCUACUAAAUCUCCCAACACUGCGUCUUCUUGAGCUCUAUUUGAUGGUAUUGUUGGACUGAGCCUCUUCAAGGAGAAACCAUUAAUAAGAGUUGGCAAAGAUGGUGUUAUACCCAUACCAAGGUCAGUUAUAAUGUGUGUAUUGAUUUACCGCUGCCCUUUGUUAUUGCUUUGUAGAUUUUGAGACCCAUUCGUUUCUAUGGAGUAUGUUCUUGUGCAAUAUAUGUACCACCCUAUGAACCAUCUUGUUGUUCUGUGUUUCAAUUACAAAUUUGUAAAGUUAAAAUAUGUUCUAUUUAGACAUGCUUUCUCGUCCCAA